CGCAGUUGUAUAGUUAAGUUUUAAAAUGAGUGCACGAGUAGCGAAACGAAUUUAAAAGUGAUAUUACCCAUUUUUUGACACGUGCUUCUAAAUUACGCCGUUCGCAAGUCAUUCUGGCAGACAAUAGUUUGAAUUUACGCGAUCCAAUCACUCCCCGGUCGUCGUUACCUACGUUCCACGGGAUCAUUGAAAUUUGGCGGCAGCAUAACCUUGUGCCUAUACCCCACUGAGAAUGCGUAUAAAUGAUUCUCUCUCGUACAGUAUAUUUUAAUACUCUACUUUGAACAUGAAGGAAUUGGAAGAAAUGAGCUGCGAGGUACGUAGCGUCGUGGAUAUUCGACACUCUAUAGUUACUCGUUUGAACAACGUGGAGGAUGAUAAUAGACAGUCGAACGAUUCUGCACCGUACAACGGUUUCAGCGAUGCCAAUGGGGGACUUUUGAGCGAUGUAACGUACGCUUGGCUAAGUUACGGUUCUCAUUUAAUCGUUAUCAAUGUUAAAACUGGAGAAUGUACCAGUUCUUGGACGUUCCGUGGCAAGGUCAGUUGUGUUUGUCAAUUCCCUGUGCAAAACAGGGAAUUGCCAUUGCUCCUCGUUGGUUUGGACAACGAAGCGACCAGGAUUAAAGAUUCGAUCGGUGUACUAUGCGUCUUCGAUUGCACCUCAUCUCGUGUUUUAAGAGCUAUAAAGAUGCCAGCUGGUAUAGAACAAGUUUGCAUCGUGUCCGGUGGCGCGGAUUGGGAAGAAUUCAAUGAUAAGAGGCCAGACAAUAUCCUUAUGCAAAUGGAUGGUAUAGCUUGUGUAGUGUUACGCAAUCUCUGUCAUCUCAUGGUCGAUCUUCGGAGAUCCGUUUGGGAGACACCAUCGGAUGUAUCCGCCACGAUGGACGAGACUUCUCCCGCCGAGAUUGAGUUCUUAACGUCGAAAGAUACCUUUCGUAACACCGACAACAAACACAUGGCGUUCAAUCUGUUGAAUCGACGUAUAGAGAAGCACAUCGGAUUCAACAGAGAAGAUUUAGAGUUCCUAGAUGAGAAACUGACGAACACGAUAAUCAGUUCGACGAAAAUCGGUUGUCUAAUAUCGGGGUGCUUAGGGAGAGUGAUAGUAUGGCAGAACGAUGGUUCCGUCGGUUGGAUCAGUAUGCCCGUAGACGAGACGAUGAUAGUGACACAUCUAACGUUGUUAGAACCGACGGACGAUCCCAGACCGUUUUAUUACUUGUGGGUCGUUCUCCAAGACGAAUCGUCCAAGGUGCCUCCGCUUUUCCGAAUGUUUGCCUUAUUGUUCGAGCGAAAGUAUUGCGACCGAGGGACUAAUUUGUAUUUCAAUCUGGAAGCAGAGCCUAGCCUUAAGCUCGAAUUCGAGUUAGAACCGAACGACAGAGUGGUCAGUUUGUCACCGAUCGAAAGAGCGGCCAAUCCGGAUCAGACGGAGUCCGAGUCCAGGAGAGGCGAGGACAGUUUGCUCCUGAUCUCGACCACGAACAGAACUCUGUUGUUCGAUUUGAAUCAAUGGUACAAGGAGCAGAUGCCUCAGGCGAUCUCCGAGUGCAAGAAUCCGAACAGCAUACUGGCUUGCUACGACACGAAGCACAAACCUACGGGCGUGACGAGCGAGCAAAUAAUAAGCUGCGCCUACGUUCCUCGUACCCUGCAAGAGUUCGCUGGUAACAGUUUAAAUUCUUUGGAGGAGUUGUUCUAUCCUAAUUCCCUGUCGCUCGAAUGGGUAGAAUUGAGCACGUCCAAACUAACGUUCUGGCUCUCGCGGGGAGUUCAAGCCGAGCUACUUCGCGAAAUGGCACUCGCAGGACCCAUCGUGUUGACACAGCCCACCGAGACGUUUCACAAAUGCCUAUCCGUCGGUUUGGUACCGUCCAACACGGAAGUUUCGUUCGCCAGCGACCUAAACACCCAGCGGGACAUGUUGCUGUCGCUCUGCCUGGAGCAGCGUUGGGCGAGCUUUCUGAUCCGUUGCGCCAGAGAAUGGUCGGACGGGAGCGCUGCUUACAUGUAUCCGAGCUUCUUGAGAUGGGGAAUCCAGCGGGCGUCUUCGAUAAAAAUGAUCGCUGAUCGUCUGUGCGUGCCGUUAUUCGAUCAGUCGGGCAGCAACAUCGGCGAGUCCGAGGUCAGGACCCUGAGAUUCUGUUACCAACAAUUGGAGUGUCUGUCGAACGUAGUGGCUAAGUUGCCGACCAUCGAAACGGACACGCUGACGAAGCAACGAAGAGCGCUGAAACGAGUGUCUAUGUAUUUCCAAGUACUUCUCUGGUUUUACGACGUGGGCCUGUUACCCGAAUCGCAGAAUCUCGAGGAAGGUCCGUUGCCGAUUUCUCUCGCGCUCAAGAUACCGUAUCCUUUCGAGAAGUUGUCCAUGUUGUACAACGAGAGAAGAGAAGAGAUCAAGGGAGACGCGACCAAGCCCGAGGACGGCGAACCGUUGUUCAUAGACGAAUUGAUCGCGCGCGAGUGUCCCGCGCUGAAUCUCCAGUGGGAGAGAGAAGCUGGGGACGCGGCCACCAACGGCUACUAUCCUCCGUCUUCCCUGCAGUCUUUACUCAGGAGUUAUCUGACGGAUUGCGAUCAAACGGAAUCGAGCGAGAUCGAAUGCAAGCAUCAAAUCACCAUAUACCUUCUGAUGGAUUUAGCCAUGCUGCUUCAAGGCUCGUAUCCCGGCGUCGAUCAGCUGAUCAAGUAUCCCUCGUCGUUCAAAAUGAGUCCGAGCUUGAUAAAACUGACUCAAGCGUUCUGGCUGUUGGAUCACGAGGAUUAUCACGGUUUCUUGGACAUGGUGACCGGCCAGUUGGUCAACGAUUCCGACGUCAAGGAUUGGCAUCACAAGCUCGUGCUGAGAACGCUGAUAAGACACGACCAGCACAAGCUGGCUCUGAUGUAUCUGCGCGUAAAGAAGCCACCGCUGUCGUCCCUUCAGGAACAAAGUACGCUGAUCGAUCUGUCCGUGGAGCACGGUUUGGUACAGUCCGCGUUUCACCGCAGACCCAGAUCGCACUACGCCCAACUGCUGAUGUGCUUCUUUCAAGCCUGCAAGAAUUACGACAAGCUCGGGCACAUCUUGCAUCUGGCUCUGGAUCCCGAGGAAGAAGACAUGUUCGUCAAGUUCUUGGAAGAUUCGAAAUCCGAAGACGUCAGGCUGCUGUACUAUUUGCAACGGUGCCGUUACAUGGAAGCCAACAAUGGAAGUUCGAACUGUUGGUUCAACGCUUUCGGCUCGAGGAACGUGCACCUGGACAUGUUGAACGCGUACAACGCCACGUUGCCCGACGUCAUGAAACGGUUCACCGCUAACACGGCGAAAGCGAGUCUAGACGCGGGCUCGGAACCCAGGUAUCCCAGACCGAUGACGCACUACAGAAGCUCUCAGAGGACGGCGAGUAUCUACGAAACGGUGAUCAGGAAAGCGAGGGAAACGUAUGUCAGGAACGAGAAAUCAGCGAUUCCUUUUGUCACUGCUCCCUGCGCCACGUUAAGAUCGAACAACGAGAGGAUCGACGUGAACUGCGUAAUGUCACCGAAAAUAUUGCGAGCCGGUAGGAAACGUACAUUGGAUCAAGUGACGCGGGACGAGAAAGACUCUGGGAUCGUUACGCCGGACAGAGCGAAGCGCAGGAAGUUGUUGAACGACGAUGAAGCGGCUAUAAAUGCAGCGUUCAAUACGCCGUUGGUGAAGCGAAAAGUUUCCAGCAAGAGAGACGUUCAGGCUGAGACUCCGCAUUCCAUUCUGAAGAUCAGACAACUUAUAAGGAACUCGACGUCGCCCACCGUUGCCAGUCUACACGGAGAGACUUCGGAGGGUUUGAAAGUCGGUCGUCAGAUACGAUUCGACGUCAGCCAACAAUCGAGGAAAAGUUCGCAGAGCGAAGCCAACGUCAACGAACAAGUUCCUAAGCUCGACGUCUCCAACGAGGCCAACGAGAUGUUCGUCGGUCAGGUUAGCGACACGUCCAUGAUGGAGAGUACCGUCUUGUCGGAGAGUAGCUACACCUGCUCGAACGUGUUUCCUGCUCGUCCAAGGCCGAGCAUCAGAAGAUCUGACCAUAGUGUCGAUCAAUCUCUAGCCAAGAGUACGCGGCCAGAGAGUUGUCCGCUCAAUUCUCGUUCGAGCGGUUCACCGCUUACCGAUUCGGAGAAUUCCUCGAGAAUGAUAUCGAAAACCGGAGGCAGGAGGUGUACGUCGUUGCUUUCGCCCUCGGCGUUCUAUUCCACGGCGGUACUUUCUUCGGACAGUAGCUUCGAAUCCGCCAGCUUGCCUCCGAAGCGCGAGAUCAAUUUCCGAUUUUCGAAGACCCCUCAACGACAGGAUACGAAUCGCAAUCACUUGCCUGCGUCGACUCCUAAGACGACGGGUCGCGGCUCCGAGGGAUCGUGGCACGCUUCAAGGAAACCGAUGGACGACGAGGAGAGGGAGGAUACGAUCCAAGAAACGUUUUACGCGGCUGGUGAGAAAGUUUCGGAUAAUUUACGUCGAUCCAAUGAUUUUCAGUUUCACAGCAACGAGAAGUCGGGAGAAGAUACAGAAAUCAGGUAUGGAAACGGGAAGGCGAAGACCUCGGAGGUAGUUGAUACGGAAGGCGAGGACAACGAAGAAACGUUUGAGAGCCUCUCUAACGCUAAUGAGAGUAGCUCCUAUGGCAAGAAAGAUGAAGAACGGCAACUGCGUCGCUGGUCACCUCCUUCGAACCUGGACGAAAAAGACGCGAGUUUAACGAACCGGCAGCAUUUCGACAUCACUGACGACGAAUCUUCGAGCAGCAGCGAGGACAACGACGAGAACCAUGAAGAGAAACAGAAACAAGAACAGGAAACGAUUCCGUUAGAGACGGAAGGCAUCUACGAUGCCGCCAACAUCACGGAUGAUGAAUCAAAUUCGAGUAUAGUGAUAGUCGAGGACGUGUUCGAGGAGGUAGAGGAAUCGGUGGUAUUAAAACCGGAUCCUACGCUUAGCAUUAGCGAAGGACGCGUGCGCACCGUGCGCAGUCUUCGGUCUAGGCUCUCCGUGAAGAAGGAGGAGGUCGUAGAACGUAGCGAGGCGAAAGAAGAUUCGAUAAGCCGCGACAACAACAACUCUACGGGUUACAGGAAGACGAGGAGGAACUCGGCUCGCGACACGCCGGACCGCACGGAGACCGUCGACACCUCUAACGUGGACUCUGGCUCUCCGAGAAUGACCAGAUCUCGAAGAGCAGUCUCUACGACGAAAGAGACGAAAGAGGCAUCGCCUGCGAGUUCACCUGCAAAGGUUCCCGCGAUCGUCACGAGAUCGAGACGAGCGAGUUCUCUCGCGAAAGAGGUCCUGAUCGCUUCGGCGUCCACCGCGGACGAGAGCAUCAAACACGCGUCUUCUCUCGGUUCGAAGGAAUCGCUUGUGCCCUCGUCUCCUAGAAGAGGCAGAGGUAAGGGAUCGUUAUCGGCGGCCAAGGACGCUCCCACGGAAACGAAAGACGAGCAAAGCGAGGUUCCAGUAAGGAGAAUUACUAGGCACGCUGCUUCGGUGCAGAAAGAGCCGUCGGAGCCGGUGAAACCUUCAAAGGGGCGUAGUAGAACGCGAUCGACUAGUUUAACGGCAGAGGGCGAAGACGGGAAGACACGGACAGAGGCCAAAGGCCCGAAAGCGAAACAGACCUCGAAGAAAACGAGUAGGUCGAGAAAAGAGUCCACAUCGCACGAGGAAGAUGUGAAGACGUCGGAGGAACCGAGUACUCUCAGGCCGUUGACGAGGCGUGGUAGUUCUAUGCCUAAGGAAACGGUGAGCAUCUCGAGAAGCGUGAGGACUCGAAGAGCCAUGAGUGUAACGAAAGAUGCGAUUUCGGAAGAGGAGUUUACGCGAACUGUUCCCGAUGCGAAAGUGAACAGUCCUGCCGCGAACACGCGCAGUCGUAGGUUGUCGAUACAAUCGAUACCGGAGGAGCUCGAAGAAAUCCUCAGCGUACCGACGAAGGAGAGACAAAAGGGGAAACCGAAUCUCAGACAAAGAAGAGCCACGAGCGUGGAGUCGUCUCAAGCGGAUACCAAAAAGAAGACGAGCACUCGUAGCAGAGGAGUACUGGCUGAAACGAUAAUGGAAGAGGAAGCGACGGAAGCCGAGAUACCCGCGGACGAUGAGCAGCUCGCCACCAGGAAAGUCUCCACGAAGAGGAAACGUGCGCUUUCGGAAACAACGGCGCAGGAAUCGAAUCAAGGGACCGCGUCGAAACCGAGGAGAACCAGGCAAACGAGACAAGAGUCCAAGGAAAAGGAUGCCUCACAGUUCACGUUCUCGGACAGUCCGCCUUUGGAUCAGAAAGUAAUGCGGGAAAACGUGUUCUCGCCCCCUAAUACAAGAUCGAAGGCCACGGCUGCCGAUCAUCGUAGGUGGUUACUUUCCAAUUAAUUACCUCUCUCCUUCGUCAACACGCUUGCCUCUCUUCUAUUUACUCUCUUGGUUCUCCGCGAGACGCUCGCCACUUUUAAUCUACGAAACUCGCCUCACGCCACACUGCAUUUCGCCGACACACUAUUCGCUUGUUACUUCUGCACGAAAACGAAUCACGAGACAAUUAACGUUGAAUUCUGUUCGCAAUCAGGAAAAUAAUAAAGAAGUUCGUCCCAGUUCUGAGCGACGAUGGACGACGGCAGCUGGAAGAGGACGGAAAGGAAAUGAGAAAUAUGUUUAGGAGAACCACGAACACGUUACGUUCGUGCAACUGCACACCGUUUAUAGAACCAAGUUUGUAUUACCCAAGAGAUCCAACAGUACGGUAAAUUAAAUGUAAUAUUUUUGCGGAAUUUUAUUUUUUUUUUCGAAUUUUUUUCUUUUUCUCACACGUACACUGGGUCAUCCGAUUUCUAAACGAUCUGCGACAGGUCAAUUACAGUGAUUUCAUUCAGUUAGGUAGUAUGUACAGUGGACAGUAUGUAAGAACAAAAGGAACUUGGUCGCUUUUCGAAUUAUAUAUACAUAUAUAUAUAUGGUUUGAUAGUGUCGAGUUAGGAAGUAGAAUACGUGGGACCAUUGAUACGAAACUUGUCUCGUGUCUUAACGAUGGAAGAUCGCACGCGAAGAGAGGUGCAGACCUUAUUUCUUAUCGGUUUAAUCGAGUACUGUACACUGUAAUUGAAGUUAAAAUGGCCAUAUCUUAUCGACGAGCAAACCCGUAUGAUACAUUUUUCUUGAAACUAACGUGUCUCGAUUAGAGAUCUAUUAUCUAUAAUCUAUAAACUCGUUCGACCAAGUAUACCCGCCUGUAUACGUAUUUUAAGUUCCCAUUAGCCAAGUUUUCAAACACGUAGAAUGUAGGCAGCUGUACAGAAAAGAACAAAAGAGGUCAUCACACCCGUUUGCCGCAGGAUACUUUCAUCUCCGGUUCCUUCUCUUCUCUUCUCUUCUCUGUUUUCUACCGCACCGAGUUCACGGAGUGAAUUUUAUCGUCGCGGAAACAUGUCGGUAGCAGGGUGUUUACGAUCAAAUACGUGUAUCAUAGUUUGUAAAUAAUUUAUUAGUAUAUCCAUCCGUGUAUAGCUGUAUUCAUACACAAUAAAUGUAAAAAAGAAUCAA